GCGACCGGGCCGUUGUGGCUUUUAGUUUCUCUCUCUCCUCCGGCAGCGAGCAAAGGGAAGCAAUUUGCAGACGAGGCUGGCAACUUCUUAGGCAUUCACAUUCCGUCUGUGUGCGACCUCCGUGUGGACUGUCGGCCUGUCCGUUCUUGCCAAGUUGCGGACAAACACGCACCAAGUCGGGAUUCGAAGUUGUGGCGAAGGGAAUUACUCCGUGGACGGUUCAUUGUUACGAUUGUGUACCGCCAUCGCGUCCUGCGUGACCCAUCAGGAAGAGGAGGAAGAGGAAUGGCGGUGAGCAGGAGGUACUGCCUCUCGUGCGGCACGCUGCUCCUAUGCUGCUGCAUCGUCAUCAACAUCGCCACCAUCGUCAUCCUCCUGGUGCACAAUCCCAGGAGCAGGAGUCACUCCGAGGCCAUCGGGGGCCAGGGACUCCCGCUGCUGCUGGAGAGGGAGGAGGCCCGACACGUGGCCGUGCAGGCCAACGUCAACAGCAACGUCAACAACAACAACAUCGACAACAACAUUGACAACAACAUCAAAGACAACAACGUCCGGGAGGCUGCCGGCAGAGGCGGGGAAGACGCUCCACCGGAGCCUCGCGGCGACCACAGAGACCCACCAGAGAGGGAGCAAGCGGUGAAGCUGCCACCCAGCGGAAGUGACGCAGAGGUGCCCGGCACCGGGAUGGUUUGCAAAGGAACAAAGUGGGUGCCAGACCCGGGUGCUCAGCUCUUCAAGCGGUGGGGCAAGGACCUCCCGGCGCGGCAGAAGCGCAAGGCGUGUGCCCGCUUCCUCACCUACGGCUACAACGCCUACCUGAGCGACUUGCUGCCCCUCGACCGUGACGUGCCUGACAACCGCCCUCCCGGCUGCAGCUCCAAGUGGUACCCGUCGGAGCUCCCGGCGCUCAGCGUGGUGCUGAUCUUCUACAACGAGGCCGUCUCCAUCCUGCUGCGCGCCGUCACCUCCGCCGUGCGCAACACGCCGCACCACCUCCUCAACGAGGUCAUCCUCGUCGACGACUGCAGCGACUACCGGGACCUGCAGGAGAAUUUCGCUUUGCGAAUCCAGAUGAUUGACCGCAAGUACGAGCACGUGUCCAUCCGCCUCGUCCGGCACGUGACCCGCAGGGGCCUCAGCGCGUCGCGCGUCACCGGCAUCCGGGCCGCUUCAGGGCCCGUGGUGGCCGUCAUGGACGCCCACGUGGAGUUCCCCGUCGGAUGGGCCGAGCCCCUCCUGGCGCGUAUCCAGGAGGAGCGCCGGGUCGUGGUGUCCACGGUGUUUGACAAGACGCACCACGACACGCUGGCGGUGCAGCGCUACCCCCUCAACCAGCACGUCUUCAACUGGGAGCUCGCCUGCUCCUACCACCCCCCGCCCAGGCAGUGGUUCCGGGACGGAGACAUCACGGCCCCCAUCAGGAGCGCAAUCGUGAUGGGCUGCAUGGCGGCCAGCAAGAGCUACCUGGAGGAGAUCGGCUUUCUGGAUGAAGGCAUGCAGGUGUACGGAGGGGAGAACGUGGAACUGGGCCUCAGGGUGUGGCAGUGCGGGGGCCGCGUGGAGGUGCUGCCCUGCUCUCGCUUGGCUCACAUCGAGCGCUACUUCAAGCCGUACGCACCGGACCUGCGCGUCCACAUGCGCAGGAACGCGCUGCGCGUGGCCGAGAUCUGGAUGGACGACUUCAAGAAGAAUGUCUACAUGGCCUGGAAUGUGCCCAUGAACGGCUCCGGGAUCGACAUCGGCGACAUCUCGGAGCGCGUGGCUCUGCGCAAUCGGCUCAACUGCAAGAGCUUCGCGUGGUACCUGGAGAACGUGCUGCCCUCACUGCCACGGUACCACGACAUCGUGCAGUACGGCGUGUUCAAAAACAGCAUCAGGAGCGACCUCUGCUUGGAUCACGGAAACCCAAUUGACAAGCACCCCCUCCUGUACGACUGCCACGGAGAGCGUCCACAGCUGGCGAUGAGGACGUCGGCCGACAAGAUCGUCGUGGGGCUGUACGCGGACCUGCUCGACCAGGUGACCACGUGCGUGGGCAUGACCCCCUCGGGCGGGGGCAGCCCGGCCCUGGUCAGCUGCAUGGCCCCGCCGGACGACGAGCGCUUCCUCACCUUCAAGCCGCAGACCGGCGAAAUGAAGACCAAGGAUGGCACCCGGUGCCUGGAGGCGCUGGAGGCUCGGGAGAACCAAGUGGAGCUCGUUCUGCGUGCCUGCAGCGGCCAGAAGUGGCACUUCGAGUACUUCAAACCCAUCAGCAGCCCGCCAUGAAGCCCACGGAGCGCCGUGGUGACGGCUGCUGCUGCUGCCGCUUGCCGGGAAACCGCGGCCACUUGCAAUCGCGUCGGUUUGCCGGUUCUGUCUCCAGGGGGUUUGGUACGAGGACACCAGCAAAUCGGGGUUACGGUAUUUAAACUAAACUCUUCUUUAUUUUACCAGGUAAGGGCCACUCAGCUAUGCAGCUCUUUUUCAGAAGUGACCUGGCGAUCACGAAUGAUAGCUCAACGAAGUGGCUUAUCAUCGUCAUCGUGUGGACAUUGAUAGGAGCAGCCACAUACUCUUAAACGCACGAUGUUGAUUCUAAAUGUGGAGGGAAAAACGGAGGGACCUGGAGAAAGAGCCACAUGACCACGGGGAGAAAAUGAAAAUUCCUAAUAUACAUGGGUAAAGGGGCAUAGGGAUCAAACCCACGACUUCCCGUAUUACAGGCGAGGUCGUUAGCAUCUCCUAGCGCCUGCAGCAGCACCACCCUUGAGUGUUGCCCGUGGCACCGGGGGACACCAGAGGCAGGAAGGAGCCCGUCGAGUGAUCGCCGGCGUAGAACAAGAAACUUUACAACGCCGUCUAGGAUUUCGUCACCAAUGUUAGCCAUAGAAGUUUUUCGGUUGAAUCGCAUGAAUAUCAAGGGUGGCACAGUCGGGUUUUUUACAAUCGGGUUUAAUUGUCUUUUUAUAUUAAACCCGAUCAUCUGAGAUUGGGAGAAAUCCGGUUUAAUUGGUUCUAAUUGCAGAACCGCACUUCGCCAACUUUUCAACGAUGGGCUUCAUCCAUUCCAAGCUAAAGAACUCACCGGCGCCCACGAUUGUGGAGAAGCUCGUGUUCAUCAAGACCAACCUGCCCGCCGCAUUCUACGACUACCCCGUGCCCGACGGCCCCGAGUACGAUAGCAGCACCGAAGAGGAAGCAGCCUAAGCCUUGGAUCAGAGUUUCGUAUUCAUUAAACCAGGUUUUAAUUCCCCGAAAUCUGGUUUAAUUGGAUUAAAGAAAAAACCCGAUGCCUGCCGCUGGAAAAAUCGGGUUUUUACCACCCAUGAUGAAUAUAAAUGUCUUUAAACCCGCCACCACCUGACACAGCCAAUUAGUAAGGUUUGUCACGUACACAGAACGUGCCAAUUCGUUACGAGUUCAGCACACACUGGUUGUGUUGGAGAGUAAACCCACAACAUUCACAACU